AUGGGUUCAUUGAAACGUGAAGAUAUUGGCAAAGCCAUGCGUUCGGUAUACCCUGAGUUCGUGGUCAGCAAGCGACAUGCCAACAGCGUGGCCUUGAUCGAGGAAGACUCUAUUAGUCCCGAGCUGUCUUUCGAGGCCGACGAAGUGGAUCCAGAACUGUCAGAACUCGAGCAGUUUUUAGCAGAGCAUCAGGUUGGCGAGACACCGGAUGAGGCCUUUGAGGAACCUGAUGUGGCUGAGGCCUUAGCUGUCUCAUGGCGCGAACGCCGCAAGGAGAUGACUAAGCUUCAACGAGCUCGCAAGUUUACCCAAGCUGGUGACAUGAAGAGAAGCUUCAAGGUCGAGAUCGAGGAGAUGAAGCGCAGAACGAAGUGUAACAAGUGUGGCCAAAUCGGCCACUGGGCCAGAGAAUGUAGAUCUGCAAAGGGCUCAGGCAAAGGUCACAAGAACAGUUCAGCACCGUCCUCGGCAUCACAAUACCGAACGCCCGAGAACGGUGUGGCAAUGGUUGAAGAGUUCAUUGCUACAGUGAGCAUUGUGACACCUCCUUCAUCAUCAUGGUUGUCAUUGCAGUGGUUGUUGAACAAGCGUGCAAAUGCGGUGACGGCACCAUCUGAACCCGUCGCUUCCAGUACAGAAAUGCUCCUGGUCAGCUCUCCUGGCUGUGGGGUAUUGGAUUCCGGAUGCGGCAAAUCUAUCAUUGGAGCUGACACCCUGAAGGAGUUUGAGGCCCUUUGGACGGGUCGCGGAUGGGAACUUCCUGUCCCCUUCACGGAGACAAAUCAUUUUAAGUAUGGAAACGGCCAUCAAGAGACCUCUGAGUUGGCAGUACGAGUUCCUGUUCGGCUAGGCGGCCGAGCAGGCACAAUCAAAGUUGCCAUCGUCAAGGGCCAGGCGCCCCUUCUGGUCUCACGGAAUGCUUUGAAGUCAUUGAAGGCAGUGAUCAACUUCGCUGACAAUGAGCUGCAGCUGUUUGACGAUCAGGUCAAGAUACCACUGCUGACCAAUCAAGCUGGUCAGUACACUGUUGACUUGCUAGGACAGCCCGAUGACUCCGCUUUGCAGCCAUUUGCCGAAGUCAUGAUCACGCAGCCAUCUAGCACACAGGAGUGUGACACUCCUAACCCUGCUCAGCCGUCCAACGAUCCUGAAUUGUCAUCAAGUUCCACAUCGGCCGCAGGCACGGACGAGUUCGCCCCACAUGCUGAGUCACUAGGUUUUUCCACACGUUCGUACGACCUCAAAACUGGGUUUGAUUUCCGCAAAGCCAUCACUCGCCAACAGGUCAGAGAAGAACUCCGGCUGUCUCCGCCGGAACUCCUGAUCUUGUGCCCUCCAUGUACCAAUGAGGGACAAUACACUCCUCAGUUCGUGCAAGCCGUACUGCAGACCGUCCCCACGUUUCAACAGUACGAAGCCACCAGCCUGGUGGAAUGCGAAGUAGGCAUCAAGGACAUGAUCAUGGGUGGCACCUUCCGCAGUAAGAAUUUCAUCGAUUUGGUUCCUGGUCACUAUCCAACACUGCAACCAGAUGAUCAGGGUGAACAGAGAGCUGAAACGACAGCCUCCGACGCUCCAGCUGCACAAGAAAUUCCUCAGAUUGCUCCCACAGGUGAACAGUCAACUCCUAGCCCAAACGUUGACCAUGAUGUUCCCAUGACUGCUGAAGCCUCUAAUGCUGAACCGGAUACUGCAAUGCCAGAAGUCAUUGACAAGUCGCCGACGCCCAGCCAAGCGAGCUAUGGCCCCAUUCGAUCCAAGCAUCGGGUUCAUGAGAAAUCAGGAGAAGCAGCCCUCUACCGUCCUCCAAUGACUAGACAUGAGGACUUCGUUGAAAUCAUGCGUGAAAUUGUUCCACAACUCAUCGAUCAACAGGUGACAACUUCUUCCGGUUCAAGUAGUGCCUCUGGGAUCAAGCGCGAUUACCCCGAGACGACUGACUCAACCGAACCUCCAACGACUAGGGCCCGACUCGCUUCGGACGAUCAACUGUCGAUAGAGGUCUUGUCAGUUCAGGAUUGUAAUCAACUAUGUCAACUUUGGGACAAGUCCAAAGAUGUUGAAGUGCUCAUUGCUGCCUACCUCCAAAAGCGAGCCGGAAAAGAAAUUCCUUCGACAGGGAACCCUCCGCUCUUGCAACAGGCGGUGGACGAGUCUAAACUGGUAGAAUGGACCACUCUCAUGGAAAAGGGUGCCAUCAGAGUUCAUACUGGAAAGAAAGCAGCAUGGAUUAAGACUCAUCAUCCCGAUCGCUUCAUGGGUAGUCGAUUUGUCAUCGUUCGCAAGCCCUUGGAAGAGAAUCUUCAUUUUGAUCCCGAAGAUCCGAACACCUUUCGUGUGAAGAGCCGCUGGUGCCUGCAGGGGCACCUGGACCCAGAUUUGGACACCAAGCUUCACGAAGGGAAUCAAGCCGCAUAUCCCAUCACGCCUAUUCGUGCCGACGUCAUGGCCUGGAGUCAAAAAGACAAUGAGCAGCUGAGAGCUUUGCUGCACAAGGCUUCACGCAACGGAGUGAAUCCGUUGACAGAUCUCGGCUGGGUCGAAGACGACUUUGAGCUCAUUGGCACUAUGAGUGAUGCCUCUAAGAGGCAAAGUGAUCAGGGUCAAUACCCCAUGAACACCAAGUCCGGUCGAAAGACCAUGCAGGUGCCAGAGCAGGAGUAUGAUGUCAAGGGUCCCUCGACUUAUGCUGCCAAGAGCGACGAAACCCCGUUUCCGUCCACGACACCAGAGCUUAUGUCAGAUGUUCCAUUGCCACCUGGCAUUGUGUCCACCAAGCAGUGGGGCAAUACCAAGAUCUCCUUCGGCAAGUACAAGUCCCGAAACUGGUGCUACCGUGAUUUGAUUGAAUCGGAAGAAGAUGAAGCUCGCAGCUAUGUCAAGUGGUGCCGGCCUCGCCUUGGAUCCUCGUGCGGAGAGCUAAAGGAUUUGAUUGCCUACAUCCAUCGCUUUGAAGCCGAGAGCUCCAGACCAGGUGAAAAGAUGGGUUGCCUGAUUCCCGGCACUGAAGUGCGCCGGUCGUUCAAGUGA